CUCAGCUUAUAAUAAAUGUUCUCUAAGUUACAGGUGAACAACUUUCUAUAACGUUCGGUUUCAUCUAUCUCUAGUUAAGAAGUUUAAAAGUUUUAGGAACGAACACGAAGUAAAAAAGAGGAUGAAGAAUUGUACGAGCUCGAACGAGUUUCUAGUUUUCUGUUCUUCUACCUUGGAAUUCCGUGGAAGGUGUGGGUUGUUGUUUCAAGUCUGAUAACAACAACGAGUUGGCCUGCCAAGAAUUACCUAGACGAGUGUGGAUAAGAACCGCGCUGGCACGAGUGAAAUCCAGCUUGCAUAACAGCGCGAAAAGGAAGAAGAAUCGAGCGAGAUGUCAACAAGUAUUUUUUACCACCUAGCAAGCGAAACGUCCGUCCUCCAUGCAUGAAGGUGAUGAACACGAAGGAAGAUCACGCACCGCACCACACCGCACUGUGUUGUACACCUGUAAGCGACAUCGUGGCGAGGGGGUCGCGUGUCUAGCCCUUAAUUUCAUCCUCCGUGCCCGUUUACCUUCUUCGCGUAGGAGGUACGGAUUCCUUUCGCCCUCGCACGAAGUCACGAAUCGUGACGCCCAUUGUUUCACAACUCGAGCAAAGUUAUCUCAUCAAGUCGUCACGAGGACGCGACUCUACUUCGCUCGUUGCAGAAGAUGCGAUUAAAGUUUUCUUUCUAUAUCCACUCUAUAUUCAUAUCUCCUUUUUUUCAUUAAGGGGUUCCCGUUAUUUAGGAUUCAAAAAUUUUAGGGUUGUAAUCUACCGUUCCUGGAAUCUAGAAGUUGCAAGACCUAGAGUUACUUUACACACACAUAGUAGAUCAUCGAGAUUCCCAAUGAGCUUUAAAAAUGGAGACCACAGUGGACGAAAUUUGAUAACAACAGGAAGAUAUCGGCCUGGUGUGUAAUCCGUCGAUUCCAGGACAGCGAUUAGGCAGAUUACCCUGAGGUCGCGCAUCGCCAUGGGGAUCCAAGGGGUGAGCCCGAGGCCGAGGAGGUCACAUGACGUGAUGUCACGUUACUCACUGGUCGCGGACAGGUGUUUGGGUUCGCACGAUCAGAGACCAAGCCAGCAAGAACCAUUGCGGGGGGUGGUCGCUAUCGCAAAUCCAGCCACAUAAUGAUAACGAGCGGUCGACAAAGCGACAAGGAUAACAUUUGUAACGCUGUAAGUCUCGCUAAGAGCUAUUUGAUUGUUUCUGCUACUUAGAAACAAUAACUUGAAUUCAUAGUUGCACGUGUAUGUAACUAAAUAAGGAUCAAGAUGGACUUAGCAUUGACAGAACAGUGUACCUUUACACGUAGCAUGAAAUAGUAUUCCUACAGGCAUAAUAAACAAAUAUUCCUAAUUAUAAUGGAAAGAAUUAUCCGAGGUGAAAGAAGAGUAUGAAGAAUAAAUUGAAGUGUUGAAAUCAAGAGCAACAUUGCUAAAUAAAACUAACAUCGAAUCUGAAAAUGGUUUGUUCUGUUUCUUAAUCGCGUACACCUGGCAAACUUACGGAAACAAACUGUUGUUCCUAAGACACCUGUACUACGACCUCGUGAGAUCACGGCCACAUGGCACAAGCGCAUCACCCUUCAACACUAAAUUAGAUAUUACGAUAAUAAAUGGCGUUAUUUAACCCACGAUGCGCCCCUGAGUUAAAUUUGAGCAGGCAAUAUAACUCAAAUUGCUCGUCCCCCUUUUUCGCCUACGAAAAGGACACGCUAUCCCAUAAAUCGCCGUAACACCUGCAAUCUUCUUCCAAAUAGUUACGAUUCUACCUUCGGUUUUCGAUGUUUUUAGAACGAACAAACAAUCAUUGCUCUAUUUCAUUGUAACUUAUAAACAAUGCAUCAAAAAGAAUUUUGGAUUUUGUAACUACUCGAAGUCAGGUAGAAGUUUCUGGAUUAUACACAGGCAACAAUUAACAUGAAAGUGUCAGCUGCCGAUUGUCCCAGAAACAUCAGAAUUCAUAGCCGUCCAAUGUACUGGUACUUGCUACAAUGUUCUUUUAUAAGUGAUGUACAGACACUUAUAAAUUGUAGGGAAACUUUGAUGAAAGUUAAGGGGAUACCAUACUUUCUGAGAAUUGCGAAUAGAAGCUGCUCAGUAUUUCUCAGGAUUCCUGAAAAAUAGAAAUACUGAAAUUCAAUAAUAUAUGAAGGAGGCCACUGGCAGCAACUUUUGCCAAUCAUUGUUUCAUCCCGCAACAUAUGAGAAGCGAGUUGUAACAUGAAAUCAUAAAUGAAGGUUGGGAUAGAUGUGUAAAAGUCUGACAACCCAGGAUUGGCCACAGAGUCUGGCUUUUGACUUCCUUGACCACUGGAAAUCCUUGUUCUCUGUUCACCCCUUACCACUCAGGGGCGGAACAAUUGUCCUGUUGGACAACGCGCAUGCACAGAGGGGCGGGAACCACCCCUUGCGACGACGAAUUGGAGAAUUUGUUGGUGGAUAGAAAGAAAAUUGGAGAACGGAACUUGUGAAGGACCUCGAUGAUUGAUGGUACCUAAACAUUGAAUAAGGAUUCUUGUUAAGGAUAUAUGAUUGCUUAUCUUCAUCGGUAGACACAAAUUUUUGAGACGAGGACCACUUUCACUGAUUUUUCUGAUUAAUUGGAUAAGAUCUCAAUGAUUCCGUUCAUUUCAUUGGCAAAGAAGAAGAAUGGUUUGAUUGUAUUUUAACAAUUUAUCGGUGUCCUGAAGUUUUGGGAAACUUGUUUUGGAGGAAUGAGCUCUCAUACACAUGCAAGAACUAUUUGUAGCGGAAACACAGUGUCCAGCGCGUUUUCUGCAUUGCACUUAUUAAGGAGUUACAGCCUCUUCGCGCCUGCAUCAGAUUUAUGCAGAUACGAGCCAUACAAUUUCAAGGAUUAUGGUUUUGGAAAUUCAGAGAUUUUAAUAAACUCUAAUACAUCGGAUGCAACAAUCAGUCGAACAUCAUCGCCAUUAACACCCUCGCCUUUGUCUGCUACAUUCUCACUUCCGGGAUCUCUAAUUCAACCCCCGUUUUUAACGGCAGUGCCUCCUUUAAUGCAAUCCAUUAAUGUACCGCAACCUUUUACUAAUACUAAUACAGGUAACGUAAUGGCACACCACUUUUUGGGAACAAAUACUAUUGCCGGAGUCCAUAAACGACCUAGAAGCGAGAAGAAACCAAUUCCCGAUGAUCAGAAAGACGAGAAAUAUUAUGAAAGACGUAAACGGAAUAAUCAAGCCGCGAAGAAAUCCCGCGACGCUCGCAAAAUUCGAGAAGAUCAUAUUGCAUUAAGAGCAACUAUGCUGGAACACGAGAAUGCUAUCUUGAGGGCGCAAGUAAUAACGCUUCGAGAGGAAGCCCAAUGUCUUCGCCACAUGUUGAUUAAACAACAGGCACCUCCGUUGCAAUCCAUCGAGCGCACAAUUUCUUCGAUGACACCCGUUACGUUAUCACCUCCUCAUUCCACAGCAACUUUGGAUUGUCAGAUUUGAAAUGAAGCAUCGAGAUGCGUCGGAGAGAAAGGACCAUUAAAUACUUUGAAAAGAUUAAGUUAUUAAAUAUGUUACAAUAUAAUAUCAAUUCGGUUCACUGAAUCUUGUUACGUUGAGGAUUUUCAAAUUUUAUUAAUUUACAAUGACAGUCUAUGUACAUGCGUUUAAUUUGACGUAAUGUAAUGACGCACUUUCUUUACGAUUUUGUUAGAAGCCAUGUGCUGUAUUUCUAUUUUCUUAAACUAAAUGAUGAUUAUAAUGUAAAUAAACGGUAAA